AUGUCCCACCAUGAUGGAUCAUCUUCACAUAUCUUCACCACAGCUCGAUGGAUCAUGCUCACUCACCUUGUUCCCGAGGUGGACCAGCUGAAGAAUUGCAGCACGGAGGUGUUGCGCCAGAGACGAGCGGGGACCAUCAAGGUGGAGAAGUUCCGCGUUCAGGUGUUGCGCCAGAGACGAGCGGGGGGCAUCAAGAUGGAGAAGUUCCGCGUUCAGGUGUUGCGCCAGAGACGAGCGGGGACCAUCAAGGUGGAGAAGUUCCGCGUUCAGGUGUUGUUUUGUUUUUUUACGCCGAGACGAGCGGGGGGCAUCAAGGUGGAGAAGUUCCGCGUUCAGGUGUUGCGCCAGAGACGAGCGGGGACCAUCAAGGUGGAGAAGUUCUGCGUUCAGGUGUUGCGGCAGAGACGAGCGGGGGGCAUCAAGGUGGAGAAGUUCCGCGUUCAGGUGGCCCACAAUCUUGAGGUUUGUGUUGCGCCAGAGACGAGCGGGGACCAUCAAGGUGGAGAAGUUCUGCGUUCAGGUGAGAUGACGCCAGAAAAGCUCUCACAGAAGAAGCUGACGAAGUUGCAGGAGUUGGCAGCUCAUGCAGAGAGGUUCGAUCUUAUGUGCCAGCAGCUAGAUGAGCCUGGUCCUGGCCAGCCUCCAGACUCCACGGAUGAGAUGCCGCGGACACCCCGGAAAAAGAUCUCCCCAGAACAAGAUCUUCCUCCAAAUGCAGGCCAUCAAGAACAAGUAGAUGCAACCGAAUGGGUGAAGCAGACUGUUCCUGACUUUGAGUUGGAUCGUGGCAUUGAAGAGGAACUUCGGUACACUGCUGUUGCAGUACUUUGUCGAGCAGACUAUUCCCAAGCCCAGGAGAUCCUUGCCAUGAACCACUGGGUGCCUGCGUUGCCAACUGACCAGGUGGCACACUCCGAUGUUGCUUUGGAGGAAUGGGCCACAGCUGCCAGAAAAUGUUGCAAUCGCCAGGUGGAAACAUUGGAAAAACGUCUCCAGGAAUUGGAUGAUGUAGAGUUGGAAAUCUCCAUUGAGACAGAAAUAGAAUUGCAGAAACUGUCAUUGGACAAUUUCUUGCGCAUGCAGAAGUUCUUGUACGACAGCCAGGGCUUGCUAGCUCGACAUGUCAGGGGUGAUGGCAACUGUGGUGUAUACAUGUUGCUGUCACUGAUCAAGGACAUCCCCAUGCACGAGGUGACAGCAGAGGAAGCUGCCAAACUACGAAUGGAUUUGCAGGUAUUGUGGUACCAGUUGUCCAAUGAGCCUAUGUAUCAAAGACUUUGGCAGGUCCUGAGGCAAUUUCGUGCUAGAGAUGAUGAACAACUGGAGGUUGAGCAAGAGAACAAGCAAGAAGAGAAGAAAGAAAGGGCUGAUCCAUUUACUCCGGACAAGAGAGAAAGCAAGAAACGAUUGCUUCCCACCACAGGCAAUUCGCCCGACAAUGAAAUGAUCAACGUUGACCAAGAUUCUGCCCCGAAGAAACCGAAACGGACGGGCAAAUCUCUUCCAGUUGCACAGCGCCUGAAGUUUGAAAACUACAUCGAGAGGCGUGGUGUCAGCAUGUGUACCAACAAUCAGUCAUGGGCUGGGUUUACAGCUGCACUUGGCGAGGGCACAUGGGACACUGGCUGCCAUAUUUGCUCUCAGUUCUUGGAAUCCCUGGAUUUGACUCAGCCAGUGCUGGUGGAGCAUGUCAAGAGCUUGCGUGACCAGAUGCAGAAGGACCACGAGAAGCUCAAAUCCGGAAUCAAAAGGGUUUAUGCAGCAAAAGAAGCAGAUGAGGAUCCUGCGGAGAAGCGCUGCAAGCUGAAGAAGGAGGAUUGUGACGAGGUCAAAGAGGAGAAGGUGGAGAAGUCCGAGGACGAGAUAGAUGACGCAGAUGCAGCUUGCAUGGGCAAGCAAGACCUACUGAGGACAGCUUCUUGA